AUGGAUCCGCUUUCAAAAGCGGAGCACGUCAAUGGCCGACCGUCAAGUUGGGUUGGAUUCGAUGAAAUAUCGAUGACAUCACCUGUGGUCGACCAAUCCACUUCGAAUGGAGGCCAGUCUAUCCGACCGGAAAGUGCAGAACUAUUUGAUGGACGGAAUAGCGUCAGCAAAGAAGAGAGUAUUGAACUUGAAGACAGCGAAAGACGAGUUGUGACCCCUUUGCCCACAAAAGAAGUUAUCGCUGAUCCUUCCACUCUUGGUCAAGCACCGAUCGUCGAUGCUUCACAGGAAUUCCAUGAAAAACGACCGGUGAUUGCGACACGCGAUGCGAAUCCCAUCAAUGGGUUCCUAACCCCGGGAGGAAUCCGCCUUGUAAAUGGUAAAAUCGUUGCUACAAUCUAUCCGGAAAAUACUAUGUGCUCGUGGGUGAUACCACCUCGUUAUGACCCUUAUACGAUGCCUUCAGUCCUAGCUGCAGACGGAUUUACGAUGCCUGCUGAGGACUUUGUCACUGCAAUGGAGCUUAUCACUAACGACUAUCGCUUUAGAAGCUUCUCAACUCUAUAUUCCCGUUUGGUUGCAUUCUGGAUGACCCUAUCCAUUGUUAUUUUGCUGGUGGUACUGUUUGCAAAUUCGGAAGGAGGAAUUCUUGUGAUGACGUUCUGCUUGUUCUGGUGUGUCAUGCUGUUUGCCGGCAUUAUCGCCUGUGCCAUCAUUCGCAAGCAGAUUCGUAUUGGUCUACGUCACUGUGUCCAGUCGGCUAACAAAAUUCUAAUCAAAAAUAAUGUUAUUGCUGGUGUUGAAGACAAAGGACAACUAAGUUGCCAUAAAGUUGUAAUCCAUAUAAUGUGGUUCCGGAUCGAAGAUUGUAUGGCAGACAUUGAACGUCUCGUUCGAAUUCAAGCCAGUGGUGGGGCUGUCAUAUUUGGAACUGGAGCCCCAACCGCUCCAGCUAAAGAGAUGACGAGAAAAGAGGUUGAGGAGAAAGCACGCCAUUUGGUUCUGAAGUACAGCCAAGAGUUUGUGAAAGAUACAGCCAGGUAUCGUCUCGUUUUUCCAAGUCGCCCUGCGCUUGGGGUUAGUGAAUACACCCCAAAGCACUGUCCCAAACAAAUGUGUCUGUGCCAAUUCAUCGAUAAACAUCACUUCAAUCGUCCGCCCAGAAAGUGGUACUCAUAUUUCGUCUGA